AUGUACGGGGACUGCCAGGAGCUGCUGCAGCUGUUUGGGCUGCCCUACAUCAUCGCUCCCAGCGAGGCUGAGGCCCAGUGCGCAUGGCUGGACGCCAAUGGCCUCGUGGACGGCGUGGUCACCGACGACAACGACGUCUUCCUCUUUGGCGCCAAGCACGUCUACAGGCACAUAUUUGAGAAUCGCAAGUAUGUGGAGGAGUACCGGACGGAGGACGUGGAGCGCGAGUUGGGCCUGGACCAGGACGGCCUCAUCGCGCUCGCCCUGUUGCUGGGCUCCGACUACACCGAGGGAGUUGCAGGCAUCGGCAUCGUCAACGCCAUCGAGACGGUGAAGGCUUUUCAGAAGGAGGACGGCCUGCGCAAGUUCCGGGAGUGGGUCAUGAAUCCGGACGAGGCGGAGCUGCUGGCGGCUCAGGAGGCAGAUCCGCCAGAUCCGUACGCGGGGGACGACCCGGAAAUUGCGGAGUACAAGCGCAAGCACCGUAAUGUGCGCAAGAACUGGGAGCUGCCCGCCAGCUUCCCCGAUAUCCGUGUGAUUGAGGCCUACCGCAAGGCGAGCGUGGACGACUCGAAGGAGCGCUUCACCCAUGGGCGGCCGGACGCGCAGCUGUUGCGCGCCUUCUGCAAGGAAAAAUUCAACUGGAACGCUGACAAGGUCGACGAGAUCCUGGAGCCCGUCCUCAAGGCGUACGAUGCCCGGCAGGCGCAGCUGACGAUGGACAACUUCCUCAGCUUCAACGAGCGCUUUGCCAAGAUCAAGAGCAAGCGCCUGGCCAAGGCCGUC